AUGUCGUCCUUUUUCACGUUGCCCGCUUCCCAACGGAAACGCAAGAGGGAAGACCGCGCCGGAGCCCCCGCGUUCAAAAAACGGGGUGUCGAUGCAGAUAAAAGAUCUAUGGAAAGGGAUCAGUCGAUUUCAGGUAGCGAUGUGGAUGAAGAUGUGGAAAGUGUGGAGUCUGCCUUAUCCGGAGAGGAGAGUGGCUCGGAAUCAGACGAAGGAGAGACAGCAGCGGACCGAAGAUUGAAGCUGGCGGAGAGGUAUCUAGAGAAUGUCCGUGAUGAGGUGGAUGAGAUUGGGUUUGAUGCAGCAGAAAUCGAUCGAGAUCUCAUUGCUGAGAGGCUAAAAGAGGAUGUGGACGAGUUUAAAGGACGUGUAUAUCGUCAAAUUGCCUCGGAUCUAGCUUUCCCUACGGCAUCGCAUACUUUUUUUCGGGCAGAUACCCAGUCGACUACUUCCAUUGCAGUGUACCCACCCUAUGUCUACACGGUGUCGAAGGAUAGAACACUAAUCAAAUGGGAACUUGCGACCCCGACACCUGCAACGACGGCUGCCACAAUAAACGGACAGGACAAGCUAUCCAAACGGCCUCCGAAACCUCAGCGAAAGAAACCAAAACAAGUUAAGUUUGUGCGAGGUCUACAAAAGGUUUCCGAGAGUGAGGAGGAGCAUGGCCAUACAAAAAAUAUCCUGUCGGUUGCAGUCUCGCCGUCUGGGAAAUUCAUUGCGACAGGCGGCGAGGAUCACAAAUUGAUCAUCUGGGACGCGGCGACUUUGACACCGAUGAAGACUUUCACGCAACACCGUGACUCUGUCAGCGGGCUUGCCUUUGCGCGACAUAUCUCAACCAUGAGCUCUGGUGAGCAACUAUUCACGGGUUCUUUUGACCGCACGAUCAAAACGUGGUCUCUGAGCUCCGCCGGUCAUGCCUAUGUCGAGACAUUGUUCGGACAUCAAGACAACGUCUCGUCGUUGGCGGCAAUGUCAAUUGACGAGUGUGUCAGUGUGGGUGCACGCGAUCGUACAGCCAGGCUAUGGAAGGUUGUGGACGAAUCGCAGUUGGUCUUCCGCGCUGGAUCCAAGAACGCCUCAUACCAAGAAAAUAAUCUCGACUGUGUGGCUCCAUUGCCUCCUACUCAUUUCGUGACAGGCUCAGACUCGGGUGCUCUCUGUCUAUGGUCCAUCCAUAAGAAAAAGCCUCUCUAUACCAUCCCUCUCGCGCACGGUCUCGACCCCAUCCCUCCGCUUGAUGAGCUGUCGACGGAGGUUGAUCAAAAUAAAGCAUCGUCGAACUCACGCCAUCUUCGACGGAUGCCUCGCUGGAUCACCGCCUUGGCCACAGUUCCUGGGACGGAUAUUGUGCUAAGCGGUAGCUGGGAUGGCUGGAUUCGCGCAUGGAAGGUUUCCGAAGAUAAGAAGACGAUCCUUGCUCUGGGGCCGAUUGGUGGGGGAGAUCUGGCUUCGUCUACCCCCGAUACUCCCUCUGCUCAAUUGAAACAGACGCUCGCCUUCGAUACUCCAAACAAUUCUGAUCCUAUGGCUAUCGACACACCACGGAAUCAGAAGGCUCACGAAGCCAAGGAAGGUACUGAGCCGUUGAUCAAGGGCGUGGUCAACGAUAUUGCAGUUUUCGAGCGCCGCCUCGACACUACCAAGCCUGGACAGGUACCAACCGAGCCCAAAUCCAAGUCAAAGUCGAAAUCCUCAGACCCUGAACGUCGGGGUCUCUGCAUAGUGGCGGCUGUUGGCAAAGAGCACCGUUUUGGACGCUGGAAAUGCUUUGCCAACAACUUCCACGACGGCGCGACAGUGGAUGGCCGGAACGGAGCCGUGGUGUUCGAAGUUCCAUUCAUCUCGGAUGUGAGCCCAAAGGAGGCUUAA